GCCUUCAACCCUCAGAAAGCUUUGCAUUUCAGCAACGCCAGGACGCUCGAAAUCCAAGAUGACAGAGAGCUAUAAUGAUGGCAAUCGCGCCUUCCUCCAAGCCUUCAUGGCUCGAUCGACCAUGACCUUCGAGGAAGCGCAGACAGUCCUGGCAGCCAUUUUUUCGGUCCAAGAAGGGAGUACAAUCUCCCCAGACGACGUAACAGAAGAUGAUUUCUCAUCGUACAUCUCGGCAGCCAACAGCGCGAUCUCCCCAUUCGACCUCGAAAUCCGCAGCACGUUAACCCAAUCAACGAUAGACCCCGACGGGACUCAGGCACGAAGACCAGAGCGCAUCUACGCCCUCGUCAACACAACCAGCGACCCUCUCACCCAGCUCGCGACGAUCUACUCCGCCGAUGAAAUUGCCUUCGUGAAGCGCGUCCUGGAUGCCAUGUUCGACACGCACAACACGCGACGGUCCGAGGCCAUGGUGGUCAGUGGGAUCCAGGCCAUUCAGCUGGCGAAGGCGUCGGCCGGGGACUCGGAUCGUCGGGAAUCGAACAUGGACUCGCAGGCUCAGACGCAGACGCAAGGCGGAGCAGCGCAGUCGCUGAGCAUGUCGCAGGCUGAAACGGUGCUCCGACAACUCGUCUCCGACGGAUGGUUUGAGAAGAGCCGCAAAGGAUACUUUAGUCUGAGUCCGCGCGGACUGAUGGAGUUGCGGGGCUGGUUGGUGGCGACGUAUAAUGACGAGAACGAGAGGAUUCAGAAGAUUAAGUUCUGUGCGGCUUGUCGGGAUAUUAUCACGGUGGGACAACGCUGCGCGGAUCGCGACUGCAAAGGCCGACUGCAUGACCACUGUGUUCGGAAUUAUUUCCGUGUGCAGCAGGCUGAACAGUGUCCUGUCUGUAAGGAGCCGUGGCCCGAGGACAAGUUCGUAGGAGAGAGGGCGAUAAAUACGGCAGAUCAGGCGAGGAGACGAAGCACCAAUACGCAGCGACUAAGCGGCGUCGGAGCAAGCUCGCAGCUACCAAGCACAAAUGUCAACGAGGAGGAAAACGAAGCCAGCGAUUGAAAUCUUGACGGUUGAUGUGCUGUAAAUCUAGCACUUGCCGGACCGCAGAUCCUUCAUCUUUCCUAACUCCGCAAUGGCAUCUGGAAAGCGCAGAUAAGUACAGAUGAUUCACAUACUGGCGGAAGCCUCGCCAUCAUCUGUAUCCCGUCGAGACUCGACACCGAGAAGCUGCAGCCCCUACUUCUAGGGCUGACUGCUACAAAAUCGUCACUUCAGGCGCGCCGGACUCUGAAAUCAUGCAUGAGCGGGAAAGAAUCUGGCGUGAUUUCGUGAUCUUCGCUCAGCCACAGCUCUUUUCAAUCCAGGCUGUCAUCACUGACAUGAGGUCUAGUUUCUUGAUGACUCUUACCCCCUGGGGAUCAUCACCUACAUGAGGGCGGGGUGUGAAAGCCCGCAGAAUCAGUGUCAUGAAUUGAAACUUAGUCGACUAUAUGACAAGACUAUAUGUUGAUAGCCCACAAUGUAAUACCAAGAUCUACUUUCCCUCU